AUGUGCACCAAAAAGCAAUACCUCUUCGUAGUCUGCGGCCACACCGAAUGGUGCGAGUCGCAGUGCCAGACCAAGCUGAAGCGCACCUUGAUGAACCCCAAGGACGAAAAAUACCCGCCGCCUUGCGUCCCCGUCACGGAGGUGACCGACCCCAUCAGGCUGGUGGGCAAAUGCAGCACUUGCCGUCCCAGAACUCGCAGUGCGCGCAGUGCUUUCGGCACUACCAGUGCUACCAGUGCUUCCGGAAGGGACGCCGAGGGAAGUUUAGAAGUAGGUUGCCGACUAAGGCUGUGGUGGAACAACCUGAUUGAGAAAAGGUAG